GAGCUCCUCGGUGUCUCUCAUUGUUAUGCCGCCUUUGUCAUCUCCAGGGGAAGAGGCUCAAGAUGGAUGAAUGGGAUGCUGCUGGGGCAAGGGCCCAUGGGAAUUUUGUUGGGAGUGGAGAGAGCAUCAAGUGAUCCAAAUUACUGAAGGGACAGAGGCCGUUUCUGAGUGGUGACUUUGGACCUGCAGAAGAAGGCCAAGUGUCCUCCUAUGUACUGGAAGUGCUCCUUCUGACUGAGGGACUCUCAGUAAAAGGAAAUAGGUCAAGGGCAGCUUUUGCAUUCCACUCACAAGGCACCACAAUUUGAGAUGAGGAAUUCAGAAGAGCAAACAGCUACGACAGUUUUACAGCGUCUGCUGCAGGAGCAGCUCAGAUACGGAAACCCAAAUGACAACCGUAACCUUCUUGCCUUACAUCAACAAGCCACAGGAAAUGCACCCCCUUUCAACAGCAGUGGGAGUCCAGUGUCUCAGAAUGACGGGCUGAGCUCCCAGGACCAUCAGCUUGUGACUCAUGCUGCCCGACAAGAGCCCCAGGGCCAGGAGAUUCAGGUGGACAACAGCAUCAUGGAGAAGCAGCUCUCUCCAAGACUUCAGAACAGCGAAGACCUCCCUACGUAUGAGGAAGCCAAAGUCCAGUCACAGUAUUUCAGGGGCCAGCAGCAUGCCAGUGUUGGGGCAGCAUUUUAUGUAACAGGGGUAACCAAUCAAAAGAUGAGGACUGAAGGGCGGCCCACAGUUCAGCGAGUGAGCCCUGGGAAGGUCCAUCAGGAUGAAGGACUCAAGGACCUCAAGCAAGGGCAUGUUCGCUCACUGAGUGAAAGGCUGAUGCAGCUGUCCUUGGCCACCAGUGGUGUCAAGGCCCACGCACCUGUCACAAGUGCUCCUCUGUCUCCGCUCUCUUCUCUUUCUUCUCAGCAGCAGAAUGACCCAUACAAGAACUCCAAUUCCAAUGAUUUCUACAAAAACUCAGUGCAGACGCCUCCCCAGCCAAACAUGAAAGGGAUGGAGCACAGGGGUCCUCCACCAGAGUACCCAUAUAAAAGUAUGUCCACCCCACCCGUGAACUGCAAACCUCAGGACCCUGGACAUUUCUAUGGUGAUCACCGUAUGAGCCAGCAGGGGAGAUCUGAUGGGCCUAUGAUGAGAUAUCAGCAUCCUCCUGAGUAUGGCUCUAUCAGGCUAAACCCCGAUGUACAGAUGCAGUUACAGCAGAGGCCACCUCACCAUCACAGCCCAACUUCCUCCUUAACGUCCUUGGGAUCUUUGACCUUACUACAGUCUCCACCACCAUCCAGACUGUCUCCUUCUCAGCAUCAGCAACCCCUUACUUCAAACCAGGGAGACUCAGGCCUUCUACCACGGACCCAGCCACCAUUCAUGUCAAAUCAGGUCCAUCAGGGAGAUCUUUAUCGACUAUGUCAACCUAUUCUAGGCCAGCAGCAGCAACAAGGAGAUUCCUACUCACUAAUGUCAAGAGCUCAGCAGAUUCCUUCUCCUUAUCAGCAGAUGCAAGUGGAUCCUUUUGCCAUUGUUUCCAGGGCCCAGCAGAUGGUGGAGAUCCUGUCAGAGGAGAACCGAUCCUUACGGCAGGAGUUGGAUGGGUGCUAUGAGAAGGUAGCAAGGUUACAGAAGCUGGAAACAGAAAUUCAGCAAGUUUCAGAGGCCUACAAAAACCUAGAAAAGUCCUCCUCUAAGCGGGAUGCCUUGGAAAAGGCCAUGCGAAACAAGCUGGAAGGAGAAAUCCGUAGGCUUCACGAUUUCAACAGGGACCUGAGAGAGCGUAUGGAGACGGCCAACAAGCAGCUUGCAGAGAAGGAAUUUGAGGGGUCUGAAGACAAUCGGAAAACCAUCUCUCAACUCUUUGCACAGAAUAAAGAAACACAGAGGGAGAAGGAAAAACUGGAGAUUGAACUAGCUGCUGCACGCUCCACUAAUGAGGAUCAGCGGAGGCACAUUGAGAUUCGAGACCAGGCCCUAAACAACGCGCAGGCCAAGGUGGUGAAACUGGAGGAAGAGCUGAAAAAGAAGCAAGUUUAUGUGGAGAAGGUGGAGAAGAUGCAGCAGGCCUUGGUGCAGCUGCAGGCAGCUUGUGAGAAACGGGAGCAGCUGGAACACCGGCUCCGAACUCGCCUGGAGAGAGAGCUGGAAUCUCUCCGGAUGCAGCAGCGUCAAGGCACAUCUCAGACAGCCAACGUCUCAGAGUAUAAUGCAGCAGCACUUAUGGAACUCCUGCGUGAAAAAGAGGAACGAAUUCUCGCUUUGGAAGCCGACAUGACUAAAUGGGAACAGAAAUACCUUGAGGAAAGCGUGAUGAGACAGUUUGCUUUGGAUGCAGCAGCAACUGUGGCUGCUCAGAGGGACACAACUGUGAUCAGCCACUCGCCUAAUGCUAGCUAUGACACUUCCCUGGAAGCUCGCAUUCAGAAGGAAGAAGAGGAGAUCCUGCUGGCUAACAGGAGGUGUCUUGAUAUGGAGGGCAGGAUAAAAACACUCCAUGCUCAAAUCAUUGAAAAGGAUGCCAUGAUUAAAGUCCUUCAGCAACGUUCUCGGAAAGAGACCAGUAAAACAGACCAGCUCUCCUCGAUGAGACCAGCCAAGUCCCUCAUGUCAAUUUCCAAUGCUGGAUCAGGUCUACUGUCCCACUCUUCAACGCUGAGCAGCACUCCCAUAUUGGAAGAGAAGAGAGAGGAUAAAAGCUGGAAAGGCAGUUUAGGUGUUCUGCUGGGAACAGAAUACCGCUCGGAGUCCAUUCCUUCAACCCCCUCGCCCGUCCUCCCCUCCACCCCACUGCUGUCUGCGCACUCGAAAACAGGCAGCCGAGACUGCAGCACUCAGACAGACAGGGGGAGCGACCAAAACAAAGCUGCUUCUUCCACCAUGGCCCCUCCUCAGGGGCGACUCCCUAGCACCAGCCUGGCCUACAGUUCAGACAAAACAGAUGGGCCAGUUUUCCACUCCAGCACUCUUGAAAGAAAAACCCCAAUUCAAAGCCUGGGGCAGGACCUCACUGAUGCCGAAAUGGUGGAAUACCUCAUCUGAAAGGCAGACCGUGCAUUGGCGCUGGGACACAAUAGCAAGAUUUUUUUUUUUUUUUAAAAGACAUUUUUUAUUAAAAGGGGGAGGGGGGAAAUCUUGUACCUGAGUAAUAAAAGGACCGCUCAGUUUUUCGCUCUUGUAUAUUAUGUCUCAAAAGUGUGGACAGGUUAAUUUAUAAUUUGUUCUAAAUUAUAAAAUACUUGUUCUUUGAAAGUUCCUUCCAUUCUUUUAAAAAAUACUGGAUCUAGUAAUAUCCCUCCCCUUUUUAAAAUACUGGAUCUGGUAACUGGAGAAAAACCAAGGUCUUAAAUGCACUAAAUUUUAUUUUUAAUUUCAGUAUUUUUUAAAUCUUGUGGGGGUUUUUUUAAGUACUUAUUUCACAGCAGUUGGUUAAUUGUUUAGCUUGAAUGCAACAAGAUGGAUGUAAUGACUUGACAAGUGUGUUCGACACCAGAUCACACAAUGACAUUGUAAAAACCAGAACUAGUUUGUGGUGCUUUGUUGUGUGUCACAACUUCAGAACGCAGGUAUUUUUGAGUUGCCUAGGGAGAUGUCUCUCUAUUGCCCUCAGUGGUAAGAAGUCAUCAUGGCUAUUCCGUACUCCAGGGCUGGGAAGAUUCAGUUUGUGUGCCCGCACCAAAACAUUUUUGUACUCUCUUAAUCCCAUUUUUAAUAGCUCUAGUUUUUAAAAUGUCAAAUAUGGCAUUUAAUCUAUGUCAGAGGACUCCCUGUAUUAUCAGACAUGAAUACUGCAGAGUGAUUUAUGCAGUGGAUAAUACAAUGAAUAUUAGCAACUCAGUGUACUGCAUUAAACCUCUAUGGAGAUCUUUUCUUAUGGCAGUCUUUCUUCUGUUCCAAAUCCCUUUCCAGUUGGUCUGUCUCUCCUUCCAUCAGGUAAUAAAUUCCCUUUCAUCCAGGGAAACUGCAGCUAGGGUCUCACCCAAGGUUAAAGCUCCAGUAUGUUAUUGCCAAAAGUUUUACAUUUCAAAUAUUGCCUUCCCCCACCUAAUGGGGAAAAAGCAAGAGUUUUUUGUAUUCUCAAGUAUUGUAAAAUGUUGCACGUUUCCUGCUAGUUUCUAGUCAGUUUCACUUCCCAGUUGAAAUUGCAAAAGUUCUUGGCACUAGGGUCACAAGUGCUGCAGAGGUACAGUUAAACUUGGAAAACAUUUUGGAGGGUUUUU